UAAUACAAACAGCAAAAACUUACAUGUACAGGUGUACAUGUAAAUUUUUGUAUUUUAAUUUAGUUAAAUGUGGCGAGCUGCAAUACAAAGUUUAUCGUAUAAUGAAAUACAAUAUAAUGAUAUUAGAGACGCGUGCCAAAAAUAUCUUAUCGGAUAAGUAACAUUCUAUAAAGUUACAUUAGAGAAACGGUUUUAUCAGCAGCAAUUGUAUAAUAUAAGGUACAGUACCUGCGUAGCGAAUUAUCGUGUACUAUCAUAACAUAUUACAAGCGGAGAUUGAACUGAAAACUAUGGAACGCGUUAAGGACUUAGUAAUUCGAAAAGCCACAAAGGAUGACAUGGGAGCUGUAGCAGGAAUGAUACAAGAACUCGCAGACUUUGAAAAAAUGUCUAAUGGACCGCAGCUAACAGUAAAAGACUUACAAAGAGAUGGAUUUGAAAAGGAGCCACCCGCCUUCAGCUGCCUAGUUGCAGAGCUGCCCUCAAAACAUCGUGUCAUUGGAUAUGCACUGUACUUCCCGACUUACUCCACUUGGCGAGGUGCAUCCAUGAUGUUGGAAGACUUGUACGUCCGGCCCACUGAAAGAAAACAGGGAGUCGGGGACAAGCUGUUCGAGGCCGUCGCUGAGGAGGCGUGGGGCGCGGGCUGCUCGCGGCUGGACUUUCACGUGCUCGAGUGGAACCCCGCGCGCUCCUUCUACCGGCGCAAGGGCGCGCUCGACCUCACCGCGGCGGAGGGCUGGUGCUACUACCGCCUCCUGCCCAGCGCAGAGCGCGCGCCGGUCCCGGCGGGAAACGAACGAGAGGAUUCGAAGUAAAUGAAACGAUCGAUGCUGGAUUCCUUCUAUAUUUACAAAUUUUAAUAAAUGCAAUCACCUCCCUCGCCCCCGCUCGGCGGCGGCCGCGGCGGGGGGCGGGGAGGUCGCUUACGAGUAACGAUACAAAUUACAAUACUGUCUAGUGUCUACGACUACGAGCUAGGGCGAGGGUAUUUACACGUGACGCGGUGCGGGUUUCCGAGGAACUAGUAUCGCCGCCGGGGGCGUCCUACAAUUUGUAUAAUAAAUACGUUAAGGUGACGCCGCGUGAAACUAAAAAAACCGUUUUGGCGCGUAACGCGUUUGUUUUCUGUGAGCCGGCUGGCCGGCCCGAACAUAGAAAACAAGCGUGAAAUGGAAAGGGUGUAAGCGAAAAAAUGUUUUUUUGUCGCUUAAUUGUAAUUUUAAUCAGCCAAGUGCGAG